UCCCUGGGUGCUGCAGUUUCCCUUGCUCCCUCCCUGGCCCCUGGUGGCCCUGCCCAGCCUCUCCCCACUGACCAUGGCCUUGGCUCCCAGAAGACAGAGUUCACGCGGAACUCCCUUCAAAGGCCUCUUUUAAAAACUGGCCUCACAGACCUAGCCAGCAGAUAAGAACCUUCGUAAUGGCCGGCAUUCAUGUGUCGCUUAUCUCCUUGGAACGAAAGCACCUUUGGGGAGCUGAAGACAGUGCGCCUGCCAAAGAAGAUGACAGGGACGGGAGCACACCGGGGCUUCUGCUUUGUGGACUUCGUCACCAAGCAGGAUGCAAAGAAAGCCUUCAGCGCCCUCUGCCACAGCACUCACUUGUAUGGCCGGAGGCUGGUCCUGGAGUGGGCAGACUCGGAGGUGACCGUGCAGGCCCUGCGGAGGAAAACGGCCAGACACUUCCAAGAGCCCCCGAAGAAAAAGCGAUCUGCAGUGUUGGAUGGGAUCCUGGAGCAUCUGGAAGAUGGGGACGACGAUGACAACGAGCAAGCUCUUCAGCUGUGAGCUCCCGCACUGGGGAGCCCACGUGAGGUGGCUCCUUUCAGGGACACAGACCCGACAUCCUCCUCUCCUUGUUCCCAAGGAGCAGAGACUCUGGUGGGUGACAGUGCACAGCCAGUGUAGAGCCCAUGGCAAGAGUAAGCCGCUGUCUAGGCAGGGACUCGCACCUCAGCCCCAUUCACCAGCCACCCCAGCUGCACCCAGCCAGACUCCUGCAGCCAUCUCACCCUCUGCAGCACUGCCGGCCAGAGGAUGGAGCUACGGACGCCACCUCAGACGCAGGGCCCUUCCCAGACCUGGAGCACCACAUUCCAAGCACUGAUGCCAGGUUCUCAGGCUGGCCUGGGUGUUCCAUCACCAUUGCCUCUCAAGGUGGAGGCCCUGGGAGCCCUGUCCAAGCCUCGCCCUGGGCCAAUUCACCAACUGCAAAAGAGGACAUGGCAUCAGGCAGGGAGCGGGACCACAGCCCUUCACCCACUGUCCAGCCUCAGCUCCAACACCCCUAGCGUGCAGUUUCAGACCUACAUCAUUUUGAGCUCCAGUGGUGUCUGCUCAGUGCAGGCGAUGGGCUGGCCAUGGUGGUCUCAGAUAGCCACACCAUGUUCAACCAUCCAACCCGGGAAGACCUGAGACAGCUCCUCCCACUUCUGAGCCGUUGUCAUCUGGACUGUGGGUGCUGGACAGGACUCGGACUUUUUGGGGGGAAUCUUAGCCUGUGUGGUUUUUGGGGGGAUGAGGUCCUGCUUUUCACAGUGGCCCAUACCAAAACUGGGACCACACCCUGUGGGUGGGGCUGGCACUUUGUUACAGUUCAAGGGCGCUGAGAGUUAGGCAAUAAAAGUCAGAACCUAGAG